AAAAAACAAAUAAAAUAACCUUUAUUUAAUUCAUCUUAUAAACAAAUAAACUGCUUGGAUUCUUAACUAUAUUACAGUCACAGUUACUAUUUUUAUUUAUGUAUUUCUGAGCAGUGCGUUACGUUCCAUUACAUUAUUAUUUAGUUAUUCCUUUGCCGUAGACGCCCACUUGAACCAAAAUAUAAAAGUAAAAAAAGUCCCCUUAUUUUCUUCCUCCUCUCUUGAAAACGCAACCGAUUUGAGCUCCUGCUCUAACGAGAUGGGACUGUACAGAUCAUCAUAGAAACCUUACCCACAAUCCUCUCUUUCGUCAACUUUUUUUGUUGUUGUAAAUGCUCUUCUAUAAAGCCUCCCUGACCCGCCCCGAUUAUCCCGGCAAGGUUUUUCAUUUCCUCUAUUUUUUAACGAAACCCUAAUUUUUAGCUGUUGGUUAGUUAUUACUAUUUUCUCUCUUGAAAAAUAAUAAUUACAAUUGGUUCUUCUGUUUUUGGAGCGUUUCUGUUUUGUGCAUCCGUGGUCAAAUCGUGUUUUAUAAAGUUAUUUUGUGGUUUGUUAUGAUUGGUUGGCUGUGUGUUUUCUUUUUUUAGGAAAAUGAAAUGAUAUUAUCACGCUUGUUUCUGUGUUGCUUUUCCUGGUAAAAGGAUUUCCAAGUCAUUUUCGAAAUCAAUCUUUAAGAAAAAUAUUUCGAUUCUGAUUUCAUUUAGUAUCAGGCAAGGUCUUUUCUUUUUCUCUCUAUACAAUGCCUAAACCUAUUCGUGUUUGUUGUUUUUAAAUUCUUUUCCUUUGCUUUGUGAUCUUUUUAUUUUUAUUUUUUUGUGUUCUUGAGGUUUGAUAAAGUGUCUUAAUCAAACGAUGUUCUUGUUUCUUUUUUCCUCACAGAAUGAUGCUACAUGUGUCAAUUCAUGUUUGAGGAUGUUAUUAUAAUUAUUUAAUAUUUGUUUCCUCCUUUUUUUUGGAAAAAAAUUUGAAUGAUCUCUUAUCUUAUUUUCUUGAUUCGUUUCUGGUGGCUGAGGUGUUUUGAGUUUAGAAGAGAGUUUAUUCGAAUGGUUUAUAUAAAUUUGUACUGUAAUUCUCCACGGUGAAUGUGAAUUAUGGAUGUUACUGAGGUUGAAGAAAAUUUGUUUGCAGCAAGCGAUGCCAAGCUGCAUGGAGAAAUGUGCAAGGAACUCUCUGUAAUUUAUUGCAAAAUCCUGUCCAUUUUCCCUUCAUUGGAAGCUGCAAGACCUAGGAGUAAAUCUGGCAUUCAAGCAUUAUGUUCGAUGCAUAUAGCCCUUGAGAAAGCCAAGAAUGUUCUCCGGCAUUGCUCAGAAUGUAGUAAGCUUUACUUGGCUAUAACUGGAGAUUCUGUCCUUUUAAAAUUUGAAAAGGCAAGAUCUGCUCUUGUAGAUAGUCUUAGGCGUGUUGAAGAUAUUGUUCCACAAUCAAUUGGAUGCGAGAUUUUGGAGAUUGUAAGUGAACUUGAGGGUACUGAAUUCUCUCUUGAUCCAUCAGAGAAGCAAGUUGGUGAUGAGAUAAUUGUAUUGCUUCAGCAGGGGAGAAAAUUCGACAACUGUAAUGACACUAAUGAGCUAGAAUCAUUUCAUGAGGCUGCUACUAAACUUGGUAUCACCUCUUCUAGAGCAGCUCUUACAGAGAGAAGAGCUCUUAAGAAACUUAUAGAAAGAGCUCGUGUGGAGGAAGACAAGCGGAAGGAAUCAAUUGUUGCUUAUCUCUUACAUCUCAUGAGGAAAUAUUCCAAGCUAUUUAGAAGUGACCUUACAGAUGACAAUGAUUCACAGGGUUCAGCACCUUGUUCACCCACUGUUGAGGGUUCUUUUGAAGAUGGAGGCCAUGCCUUUGAGCGACAUUUAUCAAAGCUUAGUUCAUUAAACUUCAAGCCAAACUUUAGGAAAUCUGGGCAAAUGCCUCUUCCACCUGAAGAAUUGAGGUGUCCUAUAUCAUUGCACCUGAUGUAUGAUCCAGUCAUCAUUGCUUCUGGACAAACGUAUGAAAGGAUCUGCAUUGAGAAAUGGUUCAGUGAUGGGCAUGACACCUGUCCAAAGACUCAACAAAAGCUUUCUCAUCUCUGCUUGACUCCUAAUUAUUGUGUCAAAGGUCUUGUUGCUAGUUGGUGCGAACAGAAUGGAGUCCCAGCACCUGAUGGUCCUCCAGAGUCUCUUGACCUCAACUAUUGGAGGCUGGCAAUGUCUGAGCUUGACUCUGCAAAUUCAAGAUCUGUGGAGAUUGUCGGUUCUGGUAAGUUGAAAGGGGUCAAGGUAAUUUCUUUGGAGGGGAGUGGUCUCAUUGAGGAGGCUGAAGAAACUGAAACUGAGAAUUUAUCACUGCAACAGGAAGAUUCUGUUCCAGAAGAUGACUUUGGGGAUAAUGUAUUUGAAAGAUAUCAGAAUUUUCUGACCAUCUUGAAUAGUGAUGAAGACUUGAAGAAAAAAUGCAAAAUAGUAGAACAAGUGAGGCUUCUUUUGAAGGAUGACGAGGAGGCCAGGAUUUUUAUGGGGGCCAAUGGGUUUGUUGAAGCACUAUUGCAGUUUCUAGAGUCAGCUGUGCAUGCUAGGAAUCCAAUGGCCGAGGAAAUUGGAGCAAUGGCUCUUUUCAACCUUGCCGUCAACAAUAACAGAAAUAAGGAAAUGAUGUUGGCUUCUGGUGUUAUCUCAUUGUUGGAGGAUAUGAUUUCCAACUCUGACUCUGAUGGAUCAGCAACAGCUCUCUAUCUAAAUCUCUCCUGCCUUGAAGAAGCGAAGUCCAUCAUUGGUUCAAGUCAUGCUGUGCCUUUUUUAGUCCAAAUCCUUCAAGGUGAAACUGGAGCGCAAUGCAAGCUUGAUGCCCUUCAUGCCCUUUAUAAUCUCUCCUCCCACCCCACCAAUAUUCCGAAUCUCCUUUCAACUGGCAUCAUCGGUGGCCUCCAGUCCCUUCUUGCAGUCCCUGGUGAUCAUGCAUGGAUAGAAAAAUCUAUAGCAGUGCUGAUAAAUUUAGCAUGUAGUCAAUCAGCAAAAGAUGAAAUGCUGUCUGCCUCUGGCCUUAUUAGCGGGCUAGCGACUAUAUUAGACACUGGCGAACCCAUAGAGCAGGAGCAGGCUGUUGCUUGCCUUUACAUUUUGUGCAAUGGGAGUGAGAAGGGUAGUCAAUUGGUCCUACAAGAAGGAGUUAUACCUGCGCUGGUCUCAAUCUCGGUGAAUGGGACCACAAGAGGGAAAGAUAAAGCUCAGAAACUUCUCAUGCUGUUUCGGGAGCAGCGGCAGCGAGAUCAACCAUCUGCUGAGGUGUGCUUUCAGCAAGAUCAAUCAUCUGCUGAGGUGCGCUUUCAGCGGAUUGAAAGUAGUUCCAUGUCCAUGCCUGCUCCCGAAACAAAGCCGCUAUGCAAAUCUGUCUCAAGAAGAAAGAUGGGGAAAGCUAUAAGCGUUUUUUGGAAGAGCAAGAGCUACUCAGUUUACCAGUGUUAAGUUGGUGUUGUAAAUUUCUUCUGUAUCCUUUUCCUUUCUUUUGUCUUGGGGGCAUUAUUUGUUUUUCUUUUCAUAGGGAAGAAGAGAUGUACAGGCCCUUGUAAGCAUGGAUUUUGUUCUUUUCUUUGCCUUCCUCUACAGGUAGGAAUGCAUGUACCAUAUAUGCAAAUUAUAAUGGAAGCCUUAGUAGAUUAGCCUUAUAGUAAAACAA